UUACCGGAAGUAUAAAUUUGAUCCCUAUUCACCCGGAAGUAUUUAACCUCCUACGAAAACGGCAUCAGACGAUAAAUAAUAAUAAUGGGAGUUACUUGUGUGUGCCAGGUGCCGGUGGCAGAAGGGAAGAGUGUGCAGCAGACUGUGGACAUGGUGCACAAGAAACUAGAGCAGCUGGGAGCUGCGAAACAGGGCAGCUUCUGUGUCGACUGUGAGACGUACCAUGCGACUGGAAGUGUCAGCGGUCAGCCUUCCAAGCUCUUAUAUGUGAUGCACAACUCAGAAACCCCCCUAAGUUGCAUGGCUCUAUUUGAGAACGGACCCUGCCUGGUAGCAGACGGCAACUUUGACGUUCUCAUGGUGAAGCUAAAGAGCCACUUCCAGAAUGCCAAGGGCCACAAAGUAGAAUGCCGAGGCUCACGAUUCCGCUACUGCGACUUUCUCAUCAAAGUUGGCACAGUGACCAUGAGCUCGAGUGCCAGAGGAAUAUCAGUAGAGGUGGAAUAUUGUCCCUGUGUGGUUCCUGGGGACUGCUGGAAUCUAAUGAAGGAGUUCAUGCAAUCAUUCCUGGGCCCCAGCGUCCCAGAGCUGCCAUCUGCGUUUGCUGCUAAGCCUGAAGGCAUUUUUGCACCAGCCGACUGCGUUGACACCAUGACGCAGUACCUGGAGUUGUUCAACAAACUGCGGAAACUGCAAAUUCAAGGGAAUAAUGUGCGUUGAAUUGCCGAUCAUAAGGGAGAAAGAUUGUUUUGUUAUAUUCCUAAAAAUGUUCAUCAAUUCUGGUCCUGUGGAUCAAGAUGCUAUUCUGGUGUCUUUAUUUUUAUUGCUCUAGCCUUAACAUCAUUUAUAAAUCUUUUUGGUGGACAUGUCUUGUAUUAAAAAGACUUGUGAAGAAAAAAAAAAAAAUCAAAA